UUUCAUCACAUACAAUGUGAGUCAGGGACUUGGACCGCUCGUGCGUGUGUGUGGGGCCGUUCCUCCGUUGGAUGUAUGCGAACGCUGAAUGUUGACAUUCAACAUGGCGGCAUGUCGUCAGUGCUGUGCUGUGUCGUGCUUGUGUCAUUGUUAGUUUAGGACACUUCUGAAACUAAGGCUCACUGUAAAUUUCACAUUUAAAAGCUGAAGAAGGAAACGCUAUUAUAGAAAUAUUGGAAGAGAACACAACCAGACUCAGCACGCAUUGAAGACAUCUGAGGAUUUUCAAGUCAACAUUUAUUCUUUAAAUCUCCUAUGUUUUUGAUUUACUUCUUUUAUAAAGAAUGACUGACGUUUAAAAGAAACACAGUUGUUCUAGUGCACGCUAAAUUGAGUAUUUAUCAAACAGUUGUUAUAAUAUUCAAACAUAUACAUAUGGAAAGUAUUGACAGUAUAUGGUGUGCUAAGGUUUUGUACUUGUAUUAAGUCAUAAAUCAACAUUAACUGCAUCGUUCAUUUGUAUAUUGUAUACACAACAAGCUUUGUGAGCAAGAAAUAGGUGAGCUAAUAUAGUGACCGUGAUUGCGAUUGCGGCUGAGAUUGUGCUGCUCUGCUUGAUAGAACAUCUUUAUCUGCGUUUAUAAAGAGUGCCAAGUUUGUGUCGAGCUACUGCGGUACUCUCCAUUAAAUAAUUGAUGAUAUAUGUGUUAAAAUACUUUGAAGAGACCUCACUUUCACUUCCUGGUCACAAAGGAGUCUGCAUUUCUGCAGCAUUUUAAAGAGCCACUCUUCCUCUUCAUUAAGUUCUUGUAACAUUAUAGUGAACAAAGAUAUAAGGUACCAAGAACCGUUCUGUGAUAUCUAUGUUAACACUUAAAUAAUUGAAAAAAGACUAAAAAUUUCUAAAUAUAAGUGUAUAUAUACAUAUAUAUACACUUAUAUAUAUUGUGGUAACAGAAGUGUAAACAUAAAGGGAAUUACGUAAUUGUUUCAAGAGAAGAAGAGCUAAAUUAUACGUAAAUAUUAUAUACUCUGUAUUAUAAAUAUAAUACACUGCGCAAAUUGAGAAGACAAUGUCCAACAAUCCUCAGUGGAAAACGUUCCAGCCGCCAAUCAUGAACUCUGACCCAGCAAUACUUGACUACAAGUCUAUGGCUAUACCAAGUCCUAAAGCCAUAACAGGAUCUCAUCAACCAACAACUAACAAUUAUCGUAAUGGUACCAACUACAGUGGUGAUCACUAUAUGGGUUCACCUCCUGAAUGUGGCAAAAAUUCUACUACUAACUAUGGUAGUUAUCCUGGCACACAAUCGUCACCGCGCAAUGGCGCUACAAGAUUUCCAUUUGAAUUUACGGGCAUGGAAACAAAUGCCGGUUACACUAGUGAACCUGCUACCAAUAAUUCUACCUAUCAGGAUCAAUCUGCGAAUCAAGGAACACGGGAAACUGGCAUAAUUGAGAAAUUAUUACAUUCUUAUGGAUUCAUACAAUGCUGCGAAAGACAGGCAAGAUUGUUUUUUCAUUUUAGCCAAUUUAGUGGUAACAUUGAACAUUUGAAGAUUGGAGAUCCUGUGGAAUUUGAAAUGACUUAUGAUCGGCGAACAGGCAAGCCUAUUGCAAGCACCGUUAGCAAAAUUGCUCCAGUGGCACUGGGUGAUCAACGAUGCAUUGGUAAUGUAACAACGGAAUUACAAGCAAGUGGUGAUUCACAAGGACGUAUCAGUUACGAAAAUCGCGGAGAAUGUUUUUUUCUGCCAUAUACCAAAGACGAUGUCGAAGGAAACGUUACUUUGCGUGCUGGUGAUAAAGUUUCAUUUCAGAUUGCUACUAAUCAACGAGGAAACUUGGGUGCGUGUAACGUAAGAUUGGAAAAUCCGGCGCAUCCGGUUCGAUACCGUGGAGUAGUGUGUUCGAUGAAAGAAAAUUUUGGUUUUAUCGAACGUGCUGAUGUAGUCAAAGAAAUAUUCUUCCACUUUAGUGAAGCUAAGUCUAUGAAAGAAGAACUUAGGCUAGGAGAUGAUGUGGAAUUUAUAAUACAGACACGCAAUGUAAGUGAGAUAGAAACUGUCAAAACGGUUUUUCGAAAAAAAGAUCUACAGGCGCAUAACAAAUCUAGUAUUUUGCUCUUGCAGGGAAAGGAGGUGGCUUGCAACAUUACAAAGUUACCACCUGGUUCAAUCAUAUUUGAAGAAGUCAGUAAUGAAGUGGUAAAAGGACAAGUGUUGAAGCCUUUGGAGAGAGGUACUGCUGCUCGUCAUCAAAAUGAUCCCUUACCUGGACGUAUUCGAUACAGAGACAGCAAUCAUUCUGAAGUGGAAGUACCAUUUGGUGAUAAAGAUCAAAAAGGAGACUUUACUCUUAGACAUGGCGAUUGGGUUCAAUUUCGUAUUGCGACAGACACUAGAGAUCAACUUAAAAGAGCUACAGAGAUAAUGUUAUUACCAGAAUCUUUCACUGUGUCAGGAGAAAGACGAGAGCAAGGUGUUAUACAAUCUCUCAAAGAUGGAUUUGGCUUUAUUCGUUGUGUAGAAAGAGAACCCAGACUUUUCUUUCACUUUAACGAAGUUCUUGAUGUUGAUAGAGAAAUUAGUGUAGGGGAUGAGGUGGAAUUUACAGUCAUACAAGAUCCUUCGUCAUCAUUCUCUAAUACUCGACAAAGUGCUAUUAGAUUGAAACAUUUGACAAUGGGUACUGUAUUGUUUCAAACAAUUAUAGAAAAGGAUAUAUUAGGUACUGUAAUACAGGACACAAAUUCAAUGGAACCUGGCCUUAUUGGUUAUGGCCAGCAGAAGAGCAUUAUUUUCUUCUCUAAAGAUUGCGAUCCUAAACAUAUUCCAAAAUUGGGCGAUAAGGUGAUGUUCAAUAUUGUUCAAGUAAAACGAAAUAAAGAGCUUGUUGCUGAAGACAUAUUUUUAGUAAAUGCUGCUGGUGAAAAAAUUCAAAAUGUUAACAAAAAAUCAAAUGGACAAGUUUGUCAAGGUUUUAUAGCUGCUCUUAAGGAUGGAUUUGGCUUUAUUGAGACAGUAAAUCACGACAGAGAAAUAUUUUUUCACUACAGUAACUUUGAAGGAGAUGCUAAUACGUUGGAAUUAGGAGCUGAUAUCGAAUGUACAAUUAGUAGUUCGAGUAAUGGAAGAGGAUCUGGAGGUUGUGUAGCUGCUGAUCAUGUUAAAUUGGUACCACGCGGAAGUAUUCCGAGGCCUACGGCAGUCAGCGAGGUCCUAGAUGGUACUGUGGUGCGACCAUUACGAAGUGCGAAUCCCGAGCAGACUGAGUACGCUGGUUUGAUCAAAAUUAAUCCAACUAACGAGGACGAGGAAACGCCAGAAUACGAAUUCGGAAUCAUGGGACUUUCUAACAAGCGGGAGCUAUUACAGGCUGGUGAUCCUGUGCAAUUGCAGGUUGAUUCAGAAGGUCAUGCUUGCAAUAUUGUAGCUGUCAGAAAAAAAAGAAGAGCUACAGUGGACGCGGUUAAAGGUCCAUUCGGUUUUCUCGCCUACGAAGUCGAUGAGGGUAAAAAGUUAUUCUUCCAUAUAAGCGAAGUUCGAGACCACGCUACGUUGCAACCGGGUGAUCAGGUGGAAUUCGUUUUGGUUACUAAUCAACGCACUGGCAAGUCAUCGGCGUGCAAUGUGACUCGAUUAAGUGAUGCGGUUCAACAACGACCCGAGCGAUUAAUAAGCCGAUUGCGUACCAUAUCGUUGGAAGACACAGGUCCAAAAUUAACUGUGGUCAGACAACCAAGAGGUCCCGAUGGCACGCGCGGAUUUACCCAGGAAAGAUGCCAGCACACUCCUGGUGCCAUAGAAGAAUAAUGCGCUGUGAGACACUUAUUGAUUAUCCAAAUUGUAAUCUACAAUUUGUUUUUAGUUCAUACACUUCGAUACCAAGAUUACUAUUGUAAGCAUGGUCAUAAACGUUUGCCAAAUUCAGACUAAUGCGACAACAAUAAUUAUAAUGAUAGUGAUCUGGAAUUGGAUGGUGAACGAGGGCCGGAAUAAUAUAAAAGUAAAAAAAAAAAAAGAAAAAAAAGAACAACGACUCAUUUUAUCACCUCAUAAUGGGAGAAAACGAAAGGCAGUUUGUCUUAUUCUUGAGAUAACAUUAGAAUUCAAUACGUAAUUGGUUUAUCUCUUUAAUUUCCCAUAUCUUCAUAAAUUUACUAUUAAGCUAUACAUAUUCGAUGUUACUUUUCUAAACAUAAUCGAUAGUUUAUAGGAUUCAUUGAAAUUUUUGAUUAGUAUGUUUAUUUUCAUAGACGUUUGGUCGAUAUAUCAAUUCGUUUUGUUACUUGGGGAAAUAACAAAGUACGAAAAAUGUCCCAGAGUACACUUAAGAUGUUGGGCUGACAACCUAUUUGUAUCCUCUAAGACGAUAUCUUGUCUCUCUUUAUAAAAAGUAUAUUCUUACACGUUAAUACAUAAUCUUUAUUUGUGUAACUUUCUUCAAACUUAUUUUACUUAUGAUAUGCUUUAUACGCAUGGUAUACAUAUGCAAUAA